UGGACACUGAGCUGCUGCAGUCUACUCUCUGUCUGAAGCCCCUUUAUCUCCUAAACUACUAACACUAGUAGUUUGCUCUUGAGAUCGGACAGCCGGAAUCUGAAAGGUCUGUUUUUGUCACUGUUCUGCCUCUGAAAGCCACAGUGGAUACUGUGGACAUACUGGACACUGAGCUGCAGCAGACCACCUCUCUUUUCUGCACUGCCGGACAGUUUGCCACGCAGUAUCGAACUCGUAGUUCAGCUGCUAGCAGUUUGUUUUCUUUCAUCCUGUGCUUCUGGGGGAGGGAGGCAAAGACUUGAGACAGGAUGCUAACUGCUGGUUGACAAGCCGACUCGGGAAGGUCUUCCUUUCUGUUGUCAACUUUGUUGUCUCCUUCAGUGGGUUCCUCAAAUUGAGUGCUUAAUUUCCGUCCGAGUCGAGUCUAAGCUGCCCUACAGGGCCAUCAUCAUUGGGUCACCACCAUGCAGGUGUCGUUAGUGUGCUCGGACAACCACCGUGGCGGUGGCGUGACACGCACCACGGAGGAGCGUCUGAACCAACGGAAUUCCAACAGCCCCAGUUUGGGCACCAAGAACAAGUUCCGCGCUGUGGCCAUGGUGGCCCGCAGCCUGGGACAGCUGUCCAUCAACAUUCCCUCGUCCAGCGACCAGAGCAUACGCACUGGCAUGAAGUAUAGAAACCUGGGCAAGUCUGGAUUGAGGGUGUCUUGCCUGGGAUUAGGCACGUGGGUUACCUUCGGAGGACAGAUCACAGAUGAGAUGGCGGAAGAAAUAAUGACAUUGGCCUAUGAGAACGGGAUCAAUCUGUUUGACACAGCGGAGGUCUACGCUGCAGGGAAGGCAGAGGUCGUAUUGGGAAACAUCAUCAAGAAGAAAGGUUGGAGGCGCUCCACUUUGGUCAUCACCACCAAGAUAUUCUGGGGAGGAAAAGCAGAAACAGAAAGAGGGUUGUCCAGAAAACAUAUCAUCGAAGGACUAAGGGCAUCGCUAGACCGACUGCAGCUAGAGUAUGUGGAUGUCGUUUUCGCAAACAGACCAGACCCCAACACACCUAUGGAAGGAGACCCAUUUCACACCUCAAAGUCCAAGACAUUCAUCAUAGAAGAGACGGUGCGGGCAAUGACCCAUGUGAUCAACCAGGGUAUGGCCAUGUACUGGGGAACGUCGCGCUGGAGCUCCAUGGAGAUCAUGGAGGCGUACUCAGUGGCCAGGCAGUUCAACCUGAUACCCCCUAUAUGUGAGCAGGCUGAGUACCACAUGUUCCAGAGGGAGAAGGUGGAGGUGCAGCUUCCCGAGCUCUUCCACAAAAUAGGUGUGGGUGCCAUGACGUGGUCUCCGCUGGCGUGCGGGAUCAUCUCAGGGAAGUACGAUAGUGGGGUACCCCCGUACUCACGGGCCUCACUAAAGGGCUACCAGUGGAUGAAGGACAAGAUCCUGAGUGAGGAGGGGCGCCGUCAGCAGGCGAAGCUGAAAGAGCUGCAGGCCAUUGCCGAGCGACUGGGCUGCACCCUGCCCCAGCUCGCCAUCGCAUGGUGCCUGAGGAAUGAAGGGGUGAGCUCUGUGCUACUGGGGGCCUCCAGCACAGACCAACUGAUGGAGAAUCUAGCAGCAAUACAGGUUCUUCCAAAGUUGUCGUCCUCCAUCGUUCAUGAGAUGGAUAGUAUCCUAGGCAACAAGCCCUAUAGUAAAAAGGACUACAGAUCCUAGAGGCUGCCUGAGGAACAUUGUUGGGGGGCGGAGGUCAGCAUCUUCCUUCUUCCUCGUCUGCGACCAGCUUCAGUUGAACAAGACACCAGGCACCAUGGGAAAUAUAUAGCCAUUGAACCACUUGGGAAAGUCAAUCAGAGUAUCUAAAUAUAUAUAUCUUUCUCCCAACCCAAAGAUUUUAGAGUAGACUUGGAGACAUUUCCCAUCCGAGGAAUUGUAUUCACCAUUCACAGUCCUUCACAGUCCUUAAACUAUUUAUUCUAUAACAGAUUCUUGAUUGAAAAGGUUCCGAAUCCAGAAUACAUUUGAAAAGGUUUUUGUCUUGUAUAGGUCCCAUAAAAUAAAUUGAUCCAGCACUCCAUUAAAGACGCACUAUGCAAAAUCACAAAAAUUCAAAUAGUUCGCUUAAUUUCAAUAUAUAUGACAAAACAAGCAAGUAUAGUGCAGAGAAUCACUGUAACAUCUAAACCGCUGUGAAAUAUGUUCUCCAUAACCAACAAUAUUUUCAGCUGUUUGAAGCUAGUGUGCAAAACUGAAAGUAAGACACAAAACAAAACUUAAGAACAGGAGCACAUAGAACAGAUCUGCCGCUUCUUAGACUUGCUUUCAAUGAGAAUGACAUAUCUUUAACACACAUUUCUAUGUGAAUUUGGUCAGGUCGCCCAAAACCUUACAUAUUGCAACUUUAAAUAGCUAAUACUAAACAUUUGUUGAGAUUACCAACGCUGAUACUAUUCCAUGUGUAGAUAAUAGAAAUAUAAUGAUGAGUGGACAUGAUUCUGUAUCUGAUAUAAAGGGCAUGUGUCCCACUACUCUGAUGAUGAGUUGAAAAAGGACAUUGAACACUUAAAUAGUUAGUAUGGUUAAACCACACCCAUUCAACUAAGGCAACUUGGGCUGCCAUCUUUUCAAUUGGCAAAAAGUUGAGAUCUUGCCUGCACCCACUCUUUCUUUAGUAUACAGACUGAACCAUUAAGAUAUAUUUCUGAAUUUCACCUAGCUACAAGACUGUACAUCUGCCAGUCAGUGUGUUUUUUGUUGUUGUAAGCCUACCGAAUGGCUGUGUCUAUCCUAUUCAUUGUAUUUUUCCACUUAUAUACCUUUACACACACACUCUCUCUCUCUGCAUCAGUGUGAAGAGGGCAGCCCUCCCAGCCGUGUACAGUAAUGGCUUUUCAGAGAGCACUCAGUGAGAAAACCCCUUGCCUCAAAACUCUGUCACAUCCUAUUGUGACUGGAUCAGGUUAAGUGUUUUUAACUUUUUACUCUCUGUAUCGCAGAAGACAGAGUCCCGGGAUUGGUCAUGCAAUUUUCCCAGAGUGCUCGAUAAAACAGCUUCCUGUGUUAUGAAGUUAUGUAACACAAAACAGAACGAACUGGCACCACCAAAAACUACUUCUCACACAAAACAGAAUGAAAUGGCACCACCAAAAACUACUUCUCCUGAAAAUAUAUAUGUUUGAUUAAAGUGUAAUGUUCCAGUUUCAUAAAUGCUUUCUGUGAGCAGACAUAUUAGUGUGUGUGCAUGUCUGUGUGUGUGUGUGUCUGUGUGUGUGUGUGAGCUCACUUUACCUGGUCGUGGUCACUGCUGUAGUUGGACAAGAGACAUGUUCACUCAUCUAAAGCCAAAGAGAACACCCCAACACACAUAUUACUGUACUGUAUAAUACUCAAGGCAUCUAAGUGGUUUCUGCCAGUCAGAGUGACUGUGGUUAGUUUUGAUUUCAGUCUCAACGUCGCUUGAGAUUCAUUUAGGAAGGCUUUCAUGCAGCCUAGUCUCCUUUCCUCUGUCAUUGAAGAUGUGGGAACAUGAUAUUUGGGAAACACAGUUGCAAACAUAGUAUUUUCUGUGUUUGCAAUGUUGCAUUUACUGUCUAAUGAUGUUGUGUCCCUAUUCUAAAUAUUGUUCAAAAGCAUUUGUGACCUAGACACACCGGUUGUAUCUCAUUCUAAAUGAGAUAGAAAGAGAGAAAAAGAGAGAGGGACAUGUCUCAGUCAAAGUCAACGCUGCAAACCUCAGGAGUAUCUUUGUUGGGUCUUUGGCGCCACCUUCAGGUCAUAAAACAUCAAUGGCAGCAUUGAUGUUGAUAUUUCUUGUCUGAGAAAACACCCAUCCUGUCUACAAUUGUAAUUAAAACCUGAUCCAUGCUUCACCCUAAUAUUUUGAGCUAUAUAUUUUGAUUUGAUAACGUAAUUUCAAUUUGGCAAGAUAACUUGCCAUUAUAGCGACAUGCUCUAACUAUGGCAAUGGAUGGUCAAUGGUAUGAUACCAUUUAGUAACAAGACAGUGAAGUCUACAGUAAAUACAAUUUUGUAACACCUUACCCUCCAGUUUGCAUAAGUAUCUAUACCCAUUGGAGUUGUGACACUGAGAUAGUUGGCCCACAUCAACUCUGCUGUCCAACCAGUUACUGAAAUAAAUGACUGGGUCUGAAAUGACUGGAACUUGAGCAUUAGGUCUGAUGAUAGCUUAAGGUAGGCUGAUGGAUGUGCUUCCAGGAUAACUUAGCCCGUAGUUCAGCACAACAUAGGCCUGCAAGAUUUAUGGGGUGUCCAGAUUUGCAGGACACCAGACAAAAAAAAGUGACUGUUUAUAUAUUGCAUGGGCACCCACUAGUAACACUACUCUUUAGCUAAUGUUGAUACAAAUACAGCAUAUUGUCUGAGUGUAAACCUUCAGCUUUUUAAAAGUUGUCUACCUAUGUUUUACAUGUAACAUACCUAUGUUUCGUAUGCUUAAAUGAUGUAUCUAAGGAUUACAACUGGCCUCGCCUGUAAGGCUUUUGGGCUUUCACCAAAGCUCACGACUGAGCAGCAUAUAGGAAACAUCUUAUUUUAAAGACAGGUUAUAUACUGUAACCGCUCAAAUUGUACAGUUGCAUAUGUGUGUGAGUGGGUGCAUGUGUUCAUGAGUGCGAUCCUGUGUAUGGGUGUAUACCAGUAACCAACACUGCUCUCUUAUGUUUCGUACUGUGUGCUCUGAUGUUGACUUUGUGCAUUUCUCUGAGCUUGUGGUCACCAGGCCUGGUUCUACCUAGUCCCAGUGAGCUACCGCACAAGGUAUCUCUACAUCAGACUGUCACUUAGAAACAUUAAGUAAAGGAGUGUGUUGGGAGCUAGCCUGGGUGCCAGGAGAAAGAGAUGGGCACCCAAGCUAUGCGUGAGCCUCAUCCAAUGAAAAGUGAUUAUUUAGCCACGGAUCACUCUCUUUGGGUGUGUUUUAAAGUAAAUUUACAUUAUAUAACAUUUCUAUCCUUUCCAGAUUGAUGGAAUGCUGGUCAGACACAAGUAAAUGCAGCCCGAGCAUCUAGUUAAGGCACGCUAUAAAGACACACACUAUGUUGUAGAUAAGAGCAAACAUAAUCAACUAAGUAGAGUACGCUACUGUGCAUUUCAUGUAAAGGGACUAAUUCACAAGCUAUUUUAAUGGUCUUAUUUUUUACACACACAAAUACUGUGCAGCAUAGGAAUCUGUAAUAUAGUCAACUGCAAGCUAUUUGUACAUUUGCAAUGUCAAAAUACAUAAUGGAUUCACAGAUUCUUUCUGUACUGUAUAUAAUCUAAAUUCUGUAUAUACUGUAUGGCUGUUAGCUAUCACUUCCUGCCUAUGUUUUAUCUUCUGUUCAUUUUGCAAGCAUUGCUAACUGAAUUGUGAUUGAAGCAGACUUUAGGUGAAUUGUGUUUACAGCUUGAGAACGUAUAAAUAUAAAAAUAAAUGCUAUAAAUAAAAAAUAAACGUAUUGACUUCAUACAGAA